CCCUAUCGCUUCCCGUUGUUUCCGGAAGUGGUCGCGACGCCGCUGCUCGUGCGCAGCUUUCCUGCUUUCAAAGUGCACAUUUGCCGUUUAACGCGGACAGGUUCUGGUGCGAACAUGUCGGCAGGAAGCCGCCUGGAGAACGCGAACCCCGUGAUCUUCCAGCGCUCCGGGGAGAGGCUGCUGACGGCGUCCGAGGAGGACGAGGACGUCCACGACCCCAUCGACGACAGGGAAAUAUUCGAUCUGAUCAGAUCCAUCAACGACCCAGAGCACCCUCUGUCUCUAGAGGAACUCAAUGUUGUGGAGCAAGUCAGAGUCAAGGUUAAUGAUGCAGAGAGCACAGUGAGUGUUGAGUUCACCCCCACCAUCCCUCACUGCAGCAUGGCCACACUCAUCGGCCUGUCUAUCAAGGUGAAGCUGCUGCGUGCUCUGCCAGACAGGUUUAAAACUGACGUCCACAUCACGCCGGGGACUCAUGCCUCAGAAGAAGCAGUGAACAAACAGCUGGCAGACAAAGAGAGAGUGGCAGCAGCUCUUGAGAACUCCUCACUACUAGAGGUGGUCAACCAGUGCCUGUCCACAAGGAAGAUAUGAGCAAACUGUGCAUUAUACAGUUUUUUCGUUUUUCUAGGAGCAAAGCACAAGAAAAUGGAUUUCUGGAAUGUGCUGCCUAAGGAGAUUAGUAUGUGUACUCAUAACAUAAUGUGCUCAUUACAGAUAUGUUUAUGUUUAGAUAAAGCAGCCAUUCCAUCUGUACAUUUUGGUGCAUUGGCAUAAAUCAAUUGACAAAUUAUCCUGUUCUGUUUUGGAACAUACACAGUGAAGAAUGUUUUGAACCACCUGUAUAUAACUGCUUUAAAUGUUUUUUAAGUUAACUUGCUAAUGAAGUUGAAUGUAAUCAACAUACAUUAUUUGUGUGUCUGUGUUUUCAAAGCUAAUGUAUCACCCGUGAAAUAAAAUAUAAUUUCCACCAUG